GUUCUUGUUGGUGAAUAGCAUGAUCGCAGCUGCCCGCCUGGACUGGCGCUAAAAUGUCUCGCUUAGCGCACGGGGCAGCUACACCUCCAGGGCUCUAAUUUCAAUAUCGCCCAUCGAGAACUGACGACCGACAACUACCCUCGCGACCCCAACGAAGUUCUCCCAUCACUUCGACAAUCGCAAACAUGGCUGACGCUGACUACGAUCCCGAGGCCGCAGCUGCCCUUAAGGCCAAGAGGGCGUUCCGCAAGUUCUCCUACCGUGGCGUUGACCUCGACCAGCUCCUCGACCUUGGCUCUGAGGAACUCCGCGACCUCGUCCACGCCCGUGCCCGCCGCAGGUUCAACCGUGGUCUUAAGCGCAAGCCCAUGGGUCUCAUCAAGAAGCUCAGGAAGUCCAAGCAGGAGGCCAAGCCCAACGAGAAGCCCGACCUUGUCAAGACCCACCUCCGUGACAUGAUUGUCGUCCCGGAGAUGAUCGGCUCCGUCAUCGGUGUCUACUCCGGAAAGGAGUUCAACCAGGUCGAAAUCAAGCCCGAGAUGGUCGGCCACUACCUCGCCGAGUUCUCCAUUUCAUACAGGCCCGUCAAGCACGGAAGGCCGGGUAUUGGUGCCACUCACUCCUCCCGUUUCAUUCCUCUCAAGUAAACGAACUGGGUUUUGGUUGCAUGGGUUCUUUCGUGGGGCGGAUAUGUACUUGAUGACCUACAAUGAAUAAGGUGUUAGGUGCAUUUACUCUCGAUGGCUACGACGUACACAACGGUCACAGCGGGCAUGAAGAUAUGGUGUAGAUAGCACCACCAUGACAUUCGAGAUACCUCCAAGACUGCUCCUUCAACCCGUGACAUGCAGAUGUGAUGGUGACGCUGAAGUUGUUGGUCGAUCAAACGAAUGCGCUGUAU